AUAACCAGGAGCUCGCGGUGUCAGAGCGCCUCUAAUCACAGAGAAACCCGCAGCGGUCACCUCCUCGGCAGCGAUAAACACAACCAACUUAACGGACUCGCAGGUAAUAUCGUUCGACGCGCCCCGUUUCAUCUCAACGCAAAACGCAAAUCGGCGCAAAAAAACAACGAAGGAAUAUUUAACAACCCCAACACGGCCGCUAUGGGGGACCAUCAAACGAACGCGACCACGACGUCCACGACGGAGGACCUGUGCGAGAUGGAAUGCAGCGUGCUCAAGCGGCUGCUGAAGGACGACGGCGACAAGUGUAUGCUGCUCGACUGCCGCUCAUUCCUCGCGUUCAGCGCGGGCCACGUCCGCGGCGCCGUCAACGCGCGCUGCAACAGCAUCGUGCGGCGUCGCGCGAAGGGCGCGGCGCUCAGCCUGGAGCGCAUCCUGGCCGGGGAUGAGGAGGCGCGGGCCCGGCUCACCGCGGGGCUGUAUUCCGCGGUGGUGCUGUACGACGAGCGCAGCGCGGACGCCGAGUCGGUGCGGGAGGACAGCACGCUGACGCUCGUGCUGAACGGGCUGUGCACGGACGCCCGCGGGACGAACGUGUUCUUGCUCAAAGGCGGCUACGACCGGUUCUUCAGCGAGUACCCGGAGUACUGCCUGAAGACCAAGGCUCUACCGCCCCUCAGCAGCCAGUCCAGCCUGGACUCGUCCUGUUCGUCCUGCGGUACACCUCACCACGACCAGGGGGGCCCGGUGGAGAUUCUCCCCUUCCUGUACCUGGGCAGCGCGCUGCACGCGUCCCGGCGCGACGUCCUGAACACGGUGGGCAUCUCGGCGCUGCUCAACGUGUCCUCGGACUGCCCCAACCACUUCGAGGGGGACUACCAAUACAAGAGCAUCCCAGUGGAGGACAACCACAAGGAGGACAUCAGCUCCUGGUUCCUGGAGGCCAUCGAGUUCAUAGACUCGGUGCGGGACUCAAGCGGGCGUGUGCUGGUCCACUGCCAGGCAGGCAUCUCCCGCUCGGCCACCAUCUGCCUGGCCUACCUGAUGAAGCGGAAGAGGGUGCGUCUGGACGAGGCCUUCGAGUUCGUACGCCGGCGCCGCAGCAUCAUCUCCCCCAACUUCAGCUUCAUGGGCCAGCUGCUGCAGUUCGAGUCCCAGGUGCUCGCCACCUCCUGCGCCGCCGCCGCCGCCGCCAGCCCCCUGCUGGGGCCCAAGUCAGCCUCCUCACUGGGGCUGGGUGGCUCCAGGCCGGCCACGCCCACCUCGCCCUUCAUCUUCAGCUUUCCCGUGUCGGUGGUGGUGAACCCCGGCUACCUGCACCACGGCGGCCCCCUCACCACGUCGCCCGGCUACUGAGGGGCCGCCCGGACCCCGCCUCCCCCUGAGGGGAGGGACCGAGCCAUGGCUAGGCCGUCAUUGGCCAGUCUGAUCAGUCAAUCCCGUGGACGGAUGGCGCUUGGCGCUCCAGUGGGGGGCAGGUGAACUGGUGGCGGUGGGAGAACUGGUGACGGACUGAAAGAGACCUUGAUACGAGGCGGUGGCCAGCGAUGGUCCGGGGCCUUGCGAUGGUCCGGUACCGUCUGCUCCCGUCCACCGGGGAUCGGUUCAAACGGAGCAGGAACGGGUUGAGCUUAUUUUUUACAGUGAAAACCAGUUUAAAGACACUGAACUCACUGCAGAUACAAAGCACUCUCUCUCAAGACACACAUACACACAUUCACGAGGAGCAAGUGAAUGAACUCAGUAUCAACGGGGGGUGGGGGGGACUGUGGUCCCGGGGGGCGUUGCUAUGGUGACGGCAGGUUCUCAAAAGACAGGAGAUGGACACAGGAAGGAAGGAGUGCUUCUGAUUCUCUCGCUCUCUUCUGUGGGGAGUCUCUCUUCUGUGGGGGUCUUUGGGAGAGAGAGGGGGGGAGACGGAGAGAGACGGAGAGCAGGAGUCUUCCGUGACAGGUGCUGUGCUGGCUGAGCUUCCUGUCUUUCUAUCCCCUUCCCCCCUCUCCCCCUCCCUCUUUAUCUCUCUCUCUCUCGCCCACGCACAACCUCCUGUCCUAAUCCUUUCAUCUCCCUCCCUCUGUCUAUUCCUCCCCUACUUCUGUCCUUCUCUCUCAUCUCCUCUUCUCAUCUAAUUCACCCCUCCUUCCUCCCACCUCACCCCCACUCGCUCCUGUUUCACCCCGCCGUAGAGCGGUGUUUGGAGGGUUAACAGAGACAGCCAAAUAAAAGGUGCCCCUGGUGGCUAGGCUGGGAAACCCCUCUCUGCUUUGCCUUAGAUGAACAGCGUAAGAAAACAAACACACCCGAUACACACAGAUAUUCCUAUACAUACAUACAUUCAUUCAUUCAUUUACCGACGUGAAAAGGAAUGAGCACUAGGGUGGCUCCAGGUGGCUGCAGUGUACGGUACUCUCUGUUCUGUCUCUCUGCGGUACUAGAGGUAGAUGGUGUUCAGCCUACUUGGUUCAGCCGGGUGCAGACCGUCGGUUGUGAUGUUUGAGGGACCAUGGUUGAGACGCUUGGGGACAUUCUGUGCCUUGUUCUCCAAGCGUUUUACACGUCACUGUUGAUACUUUGGUCUCUACCAGACUGAACCAGGGAUGUCUCUCCCCCCGAUAUAGCCGGAAAACCUUUCAGCAUUUCGGCAUCGCAAUACCACACACACACACACACACACACACACACACACACACACACACACACACACACACACACACACACACACACACACACACACACACACACACACACACACACACACACACACACACACAAACAGACCAAUAACACUGUUUCUUCUAUGUGGAUAAGGUUUUAAUCCCAUUCUACUUUUGUCAAAUCGUCCUCAUUGGUAACUCUACGAUGUUCUGAAGACACAAAGACCUUUACCGUCUGUAUUGUCGGUUUCCUACAUUGACAAAUUGAAAAAAAAAUUGAAGAAAUAUGGAUUUCAAAACGACAGAAAUGUCGAAAGAGGUUAAUUAUGAGAAUCAAGAUCUUCCGUGACUCAGGUUUUCAUUGUCUCCAGGCUGUAACAACAUAAGGCUGCUUCUUAUAUACUCAAGAGAAAAAACAUAGAAAGGGUCCCCAGCAGAAGCAGUCUGCAAAAGCAAUUUUCUGAAUGUGUGAAAAUAAGUCUGUUAUUUUGCAUAAAGCACUUGAAUAAUUUUUGGGGUGAAUUUAAAAUGCUUGUGUUUGAUGGUACAUAAUUCGGUUUUCCUAAAUGGUUAUUAAUUCAAGUGCUUUUGUAUUUAUUUCUCUAUUGAAUACGAUUGUAAUGUAAAAUAUACAAAUAAUAAUUGUGAAACAAGCAAUUUCUACCGUCAUAGGCUUCUGAAGACACUGCAUUACACUGUUGAAGCUUGUAAGCUUUAUCUACUUACAAAGAAAAACUGCUUAGGCAUUUAUGAUGACCAAAAGCACAUAGAUAUUAACUGCCUAUGAAGAAUAUCAAGGACCAAAAUUCUCCGUUUAUACUUUUCAAGCAUAAAUGCAAAACUUAUGAAAAAUAACAGAUGGCUACAAUACCUUGUUUAAUGCAUGAUAACACAAUGUACAGAUUUAUUCUGCUUUGAAUGGUCUGGGUGGGAAAUAACAGACUAGACCUCCAAAAAGCACAACAUCUUUAAACACACACACACACACACACACUGACAAUUCAUUUUAGUUUAAUGAAGUUUGUUGGUGCCUCUCUCUGUAGCACUUUGUUAGUGAUGCAAUACUCUUAUUUAUUAUUUAUGAAUCAUUUGCACAUUGGGGUGAUAGACUUUUGUUCAACUUGGGUUCUGUCCUGAUUGAGGGGAAGAGAGAGACACAUUCCUUUAAAAAUUGCAAUACUAUUUUCUAAAGAUUGUGCCCCGUAUGUCCCUGAGUUGUCUCAACGCUCUCUGUCUAUCUGUCACUGUGGGUGAAAUCGAUUUUCCACUUCUUGGACGUUUGUAUAAAGAUUUCCUCCAAUUUCACCGUGGAAUGCAUAAUUCAUGCCUCUAUUUAUUACUAAAUUUCCUUUGUUGAAUAAAACAAUAUUCUUAAUAUA